ACUUUAUUCUCUUGUCUGAAAAAAAAAAUUUAAAAUUUUUAGCUUUCUUCUUAAUUCUUGCAAAAUAUUAAGAAACUUUUUAAUCUUAUAUUAAACUAAUAAAAUGGAGAUUAUGCCAGAAAAUUCAACAUUUUUGGAGCUAACCAUGUCUAUUCCUGGAUCUUCUUCUAAUUCUUCAUCUUUCCCUUCUUCUGGUGAAGGGGGUGGUGGACGUUAUAAUAUGAUGAGAGAGCUUGAUAUAAAUCAAAUACCUUCAAAUAUAAAUGAAGAAGAAAUUAGCAUGGAGGAAGAAGAAGAAGAAAGCUCUAAUAAUAAUAAUAUUAAUGGGGCUCCAAGGAAAAAACUACGUUUAACAAAACAACAAUCUUUUCUUCUUGAAGAAAGCUUUAGACAAAAUCAUACUUUGAAUCCGAAACAAAAGGAAGCUUUAGCCAUGCAAUUAAAGUUAAAGGCAAGGCAAGUUGAGGUUUGGUUUCAAAACCGUAGAGCAAGGAGCAAGCUAAAGCAAACGGAGAUGGAAUGUGAGUACUUAAAGAGAUGGUUUGGUUCAUUGAGUGAACAAAAUCGAAGAUUAAAGAAGGAAGUUGAAGAGUUACGAGCCAUGAAAGUAGGUCCGCCAACGGUGUUAUCACCCCAUAGUUGCCAUCCCCUACCGGCAUCUACCCUCACUAUGUGUCCUCAUUGUGAACGCGUCACCAGGACUAAUGUCAGAGACUAAUUCAGAAUUUAAGAUGUUAGUAUUAUUGAGUUCGAAAUGGAAACAAUUUGACAUGUAGUUAUUAAUAUGUAUAUGUUUUUUAAGUUUUUUUUUUUAGUUUCUUUUAUAUGUUCAUAUUGUACGAUUCUAAAACAAUAGUUUAGUGAUUUUAAUUUUAAGUCAA